UUAGUGGUGUUAACACAUUGUUAACUUUUCAGUAAACCACCUUUUUAAUUUUUGUUUUAAAAUAUGUUUUUAUUAAAAUUACAAUUUUUAAUUAUUAUUGUCAUGUUUGGCACUAUAGUUUCCCCUUUAUCCAGUGCUAGUGCUUUAUGCAUUGGUACUUUACCUGCAUCGUGCUUAACUGAAUUGUCUGAAGAAGAAGCUAAUGAAACUUUGAAGUAUGUGAUUAGUAAAUAUGAAGAAGUCGAAAUGAAAAUUAUCGGUGAACCUGUAUCCAUCUACGGUUUGCGUUUGUCAUAUGGCGAUACUGAGGAAGAAUUGAAUAUUCAUUUCAAAUACAUUGACAAUACUCAACAAGACAUCAUACAGAAUUGUGUUUUUGCUUUGUAUCAUCGUCAAAAUGAAUGUGAAUUGAUUAAAACUAUUUGCAAUACAUUUCUGCCGAUUACACCGCGUCCUCUAUUGCAACGCAAAGAUUUGCGUAUUUGUGAUGAUGGCAGUGAUGUGCAACUGGUUGAAAAGGAAGACAAUGACGAGGGGGAGGAAACGACAAUGGUGACAACAACAGAUACCAAACAUGUUGCUUCGAGAACUGACAAUGAUGCUGAAGGUUCUGAUAAUGAUGACGAUGAGAAGGAUCAACUGCGACAGUCGGCACAGCAACGCAGUACUGAGGCGGAAAGUUAUUGAAAUGAAUACCAGAUGACGACAUGAAAGAAAUUAUGCGUGCACAGGACAUAAAAUAUGUUUGUUAUCUGUAAUGUUUAAGAGGUUGAUAAAGAAAAACUUUGCAAUAUUAUUUUAGUUUUAUUUUCAUUUUGUAUAUUUUUAAAUGCAAUAUUCUUUUCUUUUAUUUAUGCAUUUGCUCAUAAUAUGAAUUUACAUUUAAUAAAUGAAAA